AUGUCCUUACCAAGAGAACAUGACAGCGUGGGCUCAGAGGUGAGUGUGGGCGGGCAACUGAAUGUACAGAAAGGGCGGUGGUUCAAGCACCACGCCCCAGGCUCCGAAGGCAUCCGAGUAGGAGAAGCCGCCGACGCCCCGACGUGCCCCCCGCCCGCCACGCCCUUCAUGCCCGAGCUGUGCAGUGCCCCCGCCUGCCUCCACCACCAGCAGUGCCAGCAGGAGCGGGGCGGGAAGGAGUGGGAGCUCGCCUGCUGUUUCAACGGCUGCGUGCACACGUGUCUGCCGCCGGUGGGGAGUCCGCCCGUGAUUGACUGGCUGGAGGACACCGGGUCUCUGCUGCCCAUUCUUGAGGAGUCCGCCCCACCGGCCUUGCCCAUCCGCUACGACGACGAGGGCGGCGGCGGCGGCGGAGGAGGGGCGUGGGCUGAAGGGGGGGCGGAGACAGUUCACCUCCCGGGCGGCUGCACCAUCUCCGACGCCCAGUAUAGCCAGCUGAAGGAUUUCAUGAAGACGCCCAGUAUUGAGAAUUGCAUGUGCAGCAAAGGAGAAGUUGUCUGUGCUGUGAAGCUGUUCAAGACCUAGUGCAACAUUGCAGCUUUUUGCAGAGGUUGAUAGAAGAGUGCAAUAUUUUUUUUAUUUUUUGUUAUUGGUUCUUAUUGUCAUUAUUGCUAUUAUUUGCAUCAUCAGUAUUAGUUGUAAUUAUAUGAUUCAUUGGUAUUGUUAUCAUUAUUGCUUUUACUAUCAUUAUAGACAACAUUGUCAUUAUCACUAUUAUUCUUAUUCUUAUUCAUAUUAAUUGUUAUAAAAACUCAUAUUCAUGAUGAUUUAUGGUUUACAAUUAACUAGCUCUGUAAAGGUCACAUUACUAUUAUUGUAUAUUAGAUAAAUGUCCUAUGCUUGUUUUUUGCAAUGAUUGACAGGGAAAAGACAUGGAUCAAAGUCGACAAUCCCAUCAUGCCAUAUAUGCAAUCACCAUAUGCACGACAAUAUAAAAUCAAAAUAUUGAUUAGGUAUCUUAAAUUGUAGAUUUUUUUUU